CAUUUUAAAGUUUUGCCUUUUGUUGUGGUCUCUCUGAUUGGGAAUAAUUCUGAUUAUGAUAUUGGUUAAAGGUAAAGGUGGCGGCUCAAUCAAUAGUAAAGUUAUUCCUUUUUCUCCCCUUAUUUUAGUAGUGGACUAUACAUAAAAGCGCCCUGUUCAGUUGUUCUAAAUCACUAGAACUGAGUGGGACUUAUAGCUUCUUUUAUCUUCAAUAGUUUCUGCGAUUAAAUAUGGGCAUCGUGUCUUUGCCAUGAAACAACAAGAUCGAGCCUUGCACCAUGAUUUGAUUUCAGCUGCAAACCUUCUUUGGCUAGAGAGAUUCUAGACUCCAACUUUAAAUUUUGUUGUAAAACGUAUGCUCAACAUUUUGGCUUCAUUUGAUACAACAAGAUGGAGCUGAAGAACCAAACUGAAACUCAAGAGAACACUCAUGAAAGGGAUGAAAAAUCAUCAAUUGAGCUAAAGGUUCUGUUUUUUGCCAGAGCCCGGGAUCUGACUGGGUUAGCUGAUAUGCCACUGGAGGUAAAAUCUGGUUGCACAGCUCGUGAUUGUUUAGAUAAGAUUGUCACCCAGUUUCCAGGUCUCGAAGAGUUACGAGGGUGCAUGGUGCUGGCUUUGAAUGAGGAGUAUGCAUCUGAAUCUGCUAUUGUUAAACAUAGGGAUGAAUUAGCCAUUAUACCACCUAUUAGUGGAGGCUGAUCGUUCCUUGUAUACAUUUCACUUUUUAUACUUUUGGGCCUUUUGAUAUUCUUGUAACUCCCUUGUAUAAAAUAAAAUGAAAAAAAAAUCCCUUGACCAAUGUAAUAUGCAAGCUAUAAACUUUGUUGCAUAUUUUCAUUUAUGCUUCCUGUGUAAACAGACUGUAUACCGAACAUGCUCUCUGAAUCAAGCCUUUGAGGGAAUUUUGGAAAUUACUCUGCGAGGGUUGCUAAUAAGUUCGUAAGUUCAUUAA